AUGACAACUCAAUUGAUGACAAAAAUCGGUGAAGAAAUGGCAAAACAAACUAAAAUCACGUCAUUCUUCACCACUCCUUCCGAUCAACGAUUAGAUCUCUUUUCACUAGCUUUAUCACGAGACAAUGUUAGGACAAAGUUUGCCAGAAAUGGUCCGAAGAUUUGUCCCUUUUAUAAGAAGAUCCCGAACACGGGUUUCGUUGUCGACGCCUUCAGUUACGGCUCAAUACCGGACGCGAAGGUCUACUUCUUAACGCAUUUCCAUUCAGACCAUUACACGGGUCUCAAGAACUCAUUCAACCAUCAGAUCUAUUGUUCGCCAAUCACUGCCUCUUUAGUGAGGAAUCACUUUAAGAACGGAUUGUUUUCAUUGAAUGUGAUUCAAGUGAACGAAACGCGAGACGUGUUGUCAACGAAAGUCACUUUCUUUGAGGCCAAUCACUGUCCCGGAGCUGUUGUCAUACUCUUCGAGUUGAGUAAUGGCUGUCGUUAUCUCCACACCGGAGACUUCAGAGCCAACCACUCAUUCUUCGCGUAUCAACAGCUCAUUUGCAAACCAAUUGAUACCAUAUUUUUGGACACAACUUAUUGCGAUCCCAAGUAUGACUUUUUGCCACAAAAAGACAUUUUAAAGACAAUUGUGUCCAUCGCUGACGAGCACUACAAGAAGAAUAAGAAAGUGCUGAUAGUUUGUGGCACUUAUACCAUCGGCAAAGAGAAUGUCUUCAUUGAGAUCGCAAAUGCUUUAGGACUUAAAGUUUGGACGAAUCCAACGAAACAACAGAUUUACAAGUGUUAUAAAAGUGAAGAAAUGGAUUCAGUUCUCGUCCCGUAUAGACAACAGUCAAGAAUCCAUGUCUUGAGCAUGAAUUCUAUAAACGAAAAUGAAUAUCUCAAAGAAUUUGAUGGUUUGUACGACGAAGUGGUGGCCUUUCGGCCCACGGGUUGGGAACACAACAAGAACUCGAAGAAUGGCGUGAAAGUACGCAAAUACAAGAAUAUUACAAUUUAUGGUCAGUUAUAA